AUGGCACGAGUGAAGCCGACCCGGCACCUCAACAGAUACACAGAAAUUGGCAGUCGUAGAGCUAAUGGCCGAGUCUCGCGACGGAAAAUCAUGAAGCCACCCCCUGACCCAACGUUAAUGGCAUAUAGAAAAGCCUUUAAACGCGCAAACGACCAACCAUUUAUUAGGGAGAAUAAUAUAGAUAUGGAAGAUUCCGAGACUCAAUUAUGGGGAGAGGAGGACUAUAAUCAAGUCAAUGGAUUUGGUAAUAAUAAAUACGAAUCCGAUAAUACAAUGGUUUAUUACACGACGCAAGAAGCAAGCGCAAGCAAGGAUCAGAAGAGAACUCGGAUUAAUCUGGAUAACCGAGAGGCUAGUAGUAGAUUGUGGGAGGAGGUUAACCCUUUACUUGGGUUUUCAAUAUUAUUUCAGACGGCUUUUUCCCGACAGGCAGGAUUUCGAAAUUUGCCUGGGCACAUGCUCUUUAUCGUUUACUUGUUCGGAUAUAUCACGAGCGACUUCCAGAUUUUCAGAAACCUUGGCAAGCAGUAUACUUUAACUAGCUAA